AUGUGUGCGAUGCCGGGGUAUGAAAGUGAAGUGCUCGGGCUCAGAACCCUGUACAAGAUGCGUGCGCAAGAAGUUACAAUGCCAUUUCCCAGAAGAGGACGUGCGUAUCUCAAUAUCGGAAAGAAUUCGUCGCUAAUUCAUUAUUUUAGAUACUUGAGACAAUUGGAAGAGCAGAUAUCAAACAACGGUAGAAGCAUACUACGCUCUGAAUCUGCUAGAAGCCCUUCUGGUAGGGGCAGGAAUGAACAUGGCGUGUCAACUCCUAGCCAGACUUUACUGUUAGAAAAUCAACGAUGGGGUGAUAUCAGUUACGGAAUUCAAUCCAACCUUCGCUCGACGCAGGCUUUGCCCUCAAGGAAUGUUGACAGUGAUCCCGACAUGGAACAGGAUGACAAUCGGUCACGAUUUUCCAAGAAUCCUCUCGUGGACCAGAAUCCCCAAUUCGCAAGAACUCCAGAUGGCCGAUUCUGGUAUAUGGGUCCCACCUCAUCGUGGUCAUUCUGUCGCCGUGUCCUAGCCCUUAUUGGAAGGCGGGUCCCAGAGUCAAACUGUCCUCCAGAUCCAUGGCAUCUGGAUGGUAUGGCAUUCAAGCUCCAAUGGCGUCCAACGUCCCAGGAUGAAAUACCUGAUGUUUCGAAUCUGCCUCCCCUCGACUAUGCGCUCUUCCUCUUCAACACAGUCAAAUUCUACUUCGGGUUUCUCUCUUUUAUGAUUGAUGAAGAACUGUAUCUUCGCGACCUCCAUGAGUUCUAUAAGGAUCCAGCUGCCAAGGCAUUGGAAUCAAGAUACUGGUACGCGCAGUAUCUUCUGGUGCUUGCGUUUGGGAAAGCAUUCCUCACACCCAAGAGCCCCUCGGGGCCACCGCCUGGCCAUCAAUAUGCUGCAAGGGCUAUGGCACUUCUACCUGACUUAUCAGGAAUGCACAAAGAUACAUUGACAUGCAUUCAGGCCAUGAGUUUAGGUGCAGUAUACCUGCAGUCUAUUGAUAUGAGGCGGGCAGCAUUUCAGCACAUUGGACACGCACUGCGUGGGUGCAUCAUUGAGGGCAUCCAUAGGCAUGUUCCUGAAGAGUUUGGUGGACCUGAGCUUUCCAGACGAUGCAGGACUAUCUUUUGGGUGGUAUAUAUGCUUGAUCGGGAGUUUGCCGCACUGAUAGGGGCACCGAGCUCAAUAAGAGACGAGGAUAUCACUGUUCUGCUGCCUGCGGAGGUUGAAAGCUCGGUGGAGGAUAUUAACUUGACGUUACACGUCCGUCUUUCCAGAUUGAUCGCUCAAAUCCUGACGACUGUUUACAAUCCCGGAGAUGAGCUUAAUGGGUCCCUCAUUCGAAAUACACAAUCGAUUUUACACAGCAUGGCAGAGCUUUCCCAUGACCUGACUGCCUUUCUGAACACACAUUUCCACGGUCUUAUUGGUCGAGCGUCAAAAAUGGCAAUCCGAUUAAUGUUAGCCCAUCAUCAUUGCAUCGUUCUCACGACAAGACCGCUGGUAAUGUGUGCUUUGCAUAUGCAUAUCGAUCGCACAAAUAUACAAACAUCGCAGACAAUCUCCCUCGCACCUCCGGUGUCCUCCCUUCUUCAGUGUUGUGCAGAUUCUGCUCAGACUAUUUUGCAGACUCUGCAAACCUUAGCUGAUGAUGAUCUGAUGGACGCAUUCCUACCAUUCCAAGUUGAAGACGCCUCUUCAUCUGCUUUCGUUCUCUACCUUAUCCGUGCAAUUGCCCCUUCGCUCAUCCCGGAUAGCACAUGGUGCGAUAACCUCGAGUGCGUUAUGGAUAAACUCAUUGCAAAGGGAAACCUUGCUGCACCAUUACGGAGACGUGAACUUAGUCAAUUGGAGCAAAUACUUGCCCCCUUGACUCCAAGACCUCAAAAUAGUCCAUUACCGCCCGUUCACUCGAAUGCUGGACAGGAGCAAGAAGAAACUUAUGCGAUGGAUCAGGUAGAUGUUGAUGAUGAAUUUGAGUGGGACUUGUUAGGUCUCAAUCCUUCAGUCAGCCUCCCACCAGCAGAACUUCUUGAUCUUGCCGAUCAAUUGGACAUGGAGAGUAUCAUGCAGUCAGUCGGCGCUUGUGUGAACUGA